CCGCGGCGGGGAGCGAGAGUGCGAGCGAGCCGGGGUGGGAGAGAGAGGGCGGCCCAAGGUCGGCGCAGCCCUGCCCGCGGCUCCGCUGUGCCCGCAGAUGGAGUACGACUGGCUGGGCUUCGGCUACGCGGCGCUGGUGGCGGCGGGCGGUGUCGUCGGCUACGCCAAGGCAGGCAGCGUCCCUUCGCUAGCUGCUGGUCUUCUGUUUGGCGGCUUAGCGGGACUAGGCGCUUACCAGCAGUCCAAAGACCCAAAAAAUGUGUGGCUUUCUCUCGGUCUGUGGCACUGCUCAGUGUCCAAGCAUGGCAGUGUUGUGCUGGUACUUCUGUGCCAAAUGGCUCUGACUGGGCUUCUUUUCAACAGUGGCAUCCGGAACCUUGUCUACUGUUAUGGGAAUGAGAUUUUACAACACCAAAAAAGCAAUGCCUGGGAUAAUUGCUGGUGCCAGUUUACUGAUGGUUGGACGGCUUGGAUUGCAGAUGAUGGAAAAGCCUCUUAAGCCAUAAAUCUGCAUCAAAUCACUUGAAGAUAUGUGAUUGAGAAGCCUGAAGCUGCAACUGCUUAAAUGUGCUGCACAAAAGUGGAAAAGACACUGCUACCCGUGCAUUGUAUUUUUCAUAUCCUAACACACAUGGGUUGUGUUUUUAAAGGACUGACAUAGAGAGCCCUUGUUAUGUCUUCCCAAAUGGUAUUUGUCUUAACAUUUUCUGCACUGUGAAGCAAGAAAAUAUGACUAUAGCAUUAGUUUAGCUUCUGGUCCUGCAGCUUACUGUAGGCAAAGACCUCUUUGGCCCUUGUAUGAAGACAGUUGCGGGAUUGAAGCUUAAAUGUACAUCUUGGUUUGUCCUUCUAAAAUCACGUAUGCCUCUAAAACAAAGGGAGAGGUGUUGCCAGGCUAUCACUAGUAAUUAAUGUAAUAAACUUGCUAAUUACAUUACAUCUCCCUUUCCUUGCCAGUUUAUCUGGUCACAGUGUUUGUCAGUCAGGGACUUUGUUCUCCCAGCACUGUGUGUCCAAAGGUGGUCCCACAAAACAUAAUCACGGAACAGGCUGUUGAGGUUCU